AUGAGCCGGAGGGAGGAUAGUCCAAAGCUGGGAUUGGAGCUCAACUUGUCACCACCAAGGGUAAACACACCGGUUGAGUCGCCAAAUGUUUCGACUUCUUCUUCUUCAUUGGAUAUGUCGGUUGAGGGCUCAUGCGUUUCAUCGGAGCCUGAAGAGUCGACAGUGUACUCCCCCAGAAACCUGGAAGCCCAAUCGAUGAUGCUCGUAGGUUGUCCUCGAUGCCUCAUGUACGUCAUGUUAUCCGACGUAGAUCCAAAAUGCCCGAAAUGCAAGAGCACCGUCCUGCUGGAUUUCCUCAAAGAAGAAAACACGAACACCAACAAGACAAGGAACUGA